GAAGAAACGCUUUGAGCAGAAGAAUUGUCCAUGGUGCUCACCGUUCUCGGACCUCUCGCCGGUCGGAGUUUCGCAAUCACCGCAAAACCCAAUCUUCUACUUCUUCAACCAACCAAUCUCCCUCUUCUCCGUCUCUCACUCCCGCUUUCUCUUCCCCAUUUCUCUUCUUCUUCUUCGUCAUGCCGUCUCCGUUCAUCCAUAGUAUUCGCUGCACAGGAGAGUAACUUGAGUGUAUCGAAUGAAAAUGAAACCAGUGAGUGGCUGAUGCAAGAUUUUUAUACAUUGAGGAAAGAUGUUGAAAUAGCAUCAGCUCGUGUUGAAGAGAUUAGAGCAUCUGCUGGUUUAGAGCAAUUAGAACAAGAGAUUGCUAAUUUGGAAUCAAAAGCUACUGAUACAUCUUUUUGGGAUGAUCGUACUAAAGCUCAAGAAACGUUAUCGGCUUUAAACGAUCUUAAAGAUCGGAUGAGGUUGCUCUCUGAGUUCAAAACCAUGGUUGAAGAUGCGGAAACGAUUGUUAAACUAACGGAAGAGAUGGACUCUACUGAUGUUAGUUUACUUGAAGAAGCAAUGGGAAUCAUUAAAGAGUUGAAUAAAUCUUUGGAUCGAUUUGAGCUAACUCAGCUUUUAUCAGGACCUUAUGACAAAGAAGGUGCUGUUGUCUACAUUACAGCUGGAGCUGGAGGAACAGAUGCACAGGAUUGGGCCGAUAUGCUGCUUAGGAUGUAUAUGAGAUGGGGAGAGAAGCAACGGUACAAGACAAAAGUUGUUGAAAUGUCUAAUGGAGAAGAGGCAGGGAUUAAGUCAGCGACCCUUGAAAUUGAAGGGCGUUAUGCGUAUGGUUACAUUUCAGGGGAGAAAGGAACUCAUAGGAUUGUUCGACAAUCACCAUUCAAUUCGAAAGGCCUUCGACAGACAAGCUUUUCCGGUGUGGAAGUGAUGCCGCUUCUGCCUGAGGAAGCAGUGGGAAUUGAAAUACCAGAGGAGGACCUUGACAUUAGUUUCACGAGGGCGGGUGGAAAAGGAGGACAGAAUGUCAACAAGGUUGAAACUGCUGUUCGAAUUACUCACAUCCCCACUGGUGUUGCUGUCCGUUGCACAGAGGAGAGAAGUCAACUGGCGAACAAGACGAGAGCUCUGAUCAGACUAAAGGCGAAACUGUUGGUGAUUGCGGAGGAGCAACGUGCGACUGAAAUCAAGGAAAUAAGAGGAGAUGCAGUGAAAGCUGAAUGGGGACAGCAGAUCAGGAACUACGUGUUUCAUCCGUACAAACUGGUUAAAGAUGUCCGAACAGGUCAUGAAACUUCUGAUAUCACAUCUGUAAUGGAUGGUGACUUGGACCCUUUCAUCAAAGCUUACCUUAAGCAUAAGUACACCUUAGCCAUGGCUUCUGCUCAUAAUCUUGAAUUCCAGCUGAUAAGCUUUAAUGUGAGACUAACAGGGGUUCAGACCCUUAUCCAUGUUGUCAACAUGUCCAAGGAUCCAGCAACGUUUAUUCAGGGUGCAAUGCCUGAUAUCAUUGGGAAUACAAAGGAAGAAUUCUUCGCAUCAAAACUCGAAAUGUCGACGAGAAUUGCUCAAGCUCAAGCUCUAAGGCUAAUCCCUUUGUCGGUGCAAGUGAAGUUAAACCUUUCUCUACUUGAAGAUAUCAAUGAUGAUUUGGAGUUCUGCUUCAAGGUGGCUAAGGAAUCUAUAAUCAUUUUGCCAGUUGAGCUCGAGCUUCUCAUAGACGGGUUUUCUAGGCUGAAGAACUUUGCCGUGAGAGACACUCCAAGAAGCAGCCAUGGGAAUUGAGAAUCCCUCUCGUUUUUAACAGCCAAAGCAAAUUAGAGGCUUAUUACAUGAUAUUGUUGGCUUAUAAAAUAUUUGCACAAAU